AUAAGACGUCAUUAAACUAUACAGAAAGUAUUUCCUCUACAUUAUAAGGGAGUGUAAAUUAUGAAGGGGAAGUGGCUGUGCCUUUUAAGUUUAACAUACCUAAGUUCAAUUCUUGUAAAUGCAAAUGAGGGCUGUAAAUCACACGAGGACAGAAUUCAGACAUUGGAGCAUCAAAUGCUAUCUUGGAGGAUCAGAAUAUGCCGCAAAGGGGGCGUCAGUAACCAAUGCAUGUCUUUCACCUGACCCAAUAUUUGGAAACUGGUCAGCGGUGUCAUCCUCUAAUUAUAUGUAUGGAUCGGAACUGGACAGCGAUGUUGCUGGACCUGGUACUGAAACCCAGGACAACACAUGCGCAGUGUGUAAGAGCAAAGUCCACUCCUCGUCAGUCAUGAUUCCUGGAAGGAAUGAGUGUUAUUCUGGUUGGAAGAAACAGUAUGGUGGAUAUCUCGUAACUAGUCCUAUAAAUUAUUCGCCAAAAGAAACAAUAUGUUUUAAUGAGCAUCCUGAUUUCAUCGUUGGAGGUGGAGCUGAUAAUAAUGGAAAUCUGCUCUAUCCAAUCCAAGCAGAAUGUGGGUCACUAGAGUGCCCGCCUUAUGUAAAUGGAAAGUUGUUAACAUGUGUUGUAUGUACAAAGUAAAACAAUAUUUUCAUU